UAUCUGUCACAGUAUCAGCAGGCGUAUCUGUCAAUAUACAUAUAAAAACAAAUAUAAAAUAAUUUUGUUGUUCUGUGUGUAUUAAGGACUGUUUAAACCAAAAUGUUUAACGAGACGAAUUACGAUUGGGAAUCCCACAAUCGACAAGUUGUUUUAGAGGGUAGAAAUAUAUUGGAGAGGACUGGCGAAAGUUUAGCCAGGUCAAACCAAAUCGCGAUAGAAACAGAGAAUAUUGGAAAUGAAGUAAUUACCGAACUAGGGGAGCAAAGAGAAGCACUGCUUCGGACCAGAGAUAGACUUGAAAACGCAAACGAACAUUUGGAUCAAGCUAAAUCUGUGCUUAAAAGAAUGGGACGAAACGUUAUUUACAACAAAAUAUUAUUGAUACUGAUAAUUAUUAUAGAAAUAGGAAUACUAAUCACAUUAUCAUAUCUGAAGUUUAAAAAAUAAAUUUGUGUUGCAA